UGGGUGCAGGUACCUAUCAAAUUCGGGUACCCACUCCCACUUUCGCUCCGAUCACCUAGGCGAUCGUAAGUGGAAGGUGUCCUCCCUUUCUCCCUCCCCAUAAUCUUUUGGGACAUGUUGCAGGUCCCAGAAGACUACAGGACCAUUCAUGAAGCGCAGUGCAACUCGCGCAUGCGCAGUGGGUACCUGGCUGUGAAGCCGCAAGCUGUAACAGCCACACUGAAGAUGCCGGCGCCCAGGGAGAGAAGAAGACAGCCGGUAACAUGGGCUGUGGGGAACACACUGCGG